AUGCGAUUCCCCGACUUGCAACAGGAACUCGCGACAAUGCUUAUCCCCAAGGACGACCGCAAGAAGAUCCACGAGUACCUCUUCCGUGAGGGAGUGCUCGUGGCCAAGAAGGACUUCAACCUUCCCAAGCACGGUGACAUUGACACCAAGAACCUCUAUGUCAUCAAGGCCCUCCAGUCCCUGGACUCCCGCGGCUUUGUGAAGACCCAGUUCUCGUGGCAGUACUACUACUACACCCUCACCCCCGAGGGUCUGGACUACCUCCGUGAGUGGCUCCACCUCCCCGCCGAGGUUGUCCCCGCCACCCACAUCAAGCAGCAGCGUUCCCACGCUCCCCCCCGCGGCAUGAUGGGCGGUGAGGAGCAGCGCGGUGAGCGUCGUGGUCCCCGUGCUCCCCGUGAGGGCGGUUACCGCCGUCGCGAGGAGGGUGGAAAGGAGGGCGGUGCCCCCGGCGAGUUCGCUCCCUCUUUCCGCGGUGGCUUCGGCCGUGGCCGUGGUGCUGCUCCCCAGGAGUAA